CACAUCCGGGUACACAUGGGCGGGGCGCACGCGAGAGAGGGCUUCCACAUUGAGAAUGAGGCUGGCGGAGAAAGAUGGGUGGCCACGCCCACCUUUCCGCUCCUGCGGCUGCUAUUGGCUCGACCCCUCUCCCCCCCCUUUUCCGGCCCCCCUCCCCAUGGAAGCCCGGGGGCGCUCGCGCUGCUGCCGCCUGGUCUCGCGCUGCAGCGCUCGGAGCUGUUGCACCGGGAGCAUCUGCGGGUGCGGACAGCGGAGCGCAAGGCGCCGCGGCCUCGGGCCAAGAUGAGUGAGCUGAGGCAGAGGCUCGGCCGGGAGCCCGACGGGGCCCAGGAACCCGAGGAGAAGGAGUCUGAGUCAGAAAACAAGCUGGAUGGAGAGACCGCAUCGGACAGUGAAAGCAAAUCAGAGUUCGGAGGGGCCCCUCCUGCACCUACAUCAGAUGACACUCCCGAGGUCUUAAACAGGGCCCUCUCCAACCUAUCUUCAAGAUGGAAGAACUGGUGGGUCAGAGGGAUCCUCACUCUGGCAAUGAUUGCGUUCUUCUUCAUCAUCAUCUACCUGGGACCCAUGGUUUUAAUGAUGAUUGUGAUGUGUGUCCAGAUCAAGUGUUUCCAGGAGAUUAUCACGAUUGGCUACAAUGUGUAUCGCUCAUAUGAGCUGCCCUGGUUCAGGACCCUCAGUUGGUACUUUCUGCUGUGUGUAAACUACUUUUUCUAUGGUGAGACGGUAACGGAUUACUUUUUCACCCUGGUUCAGCGAGAGGAGCCCUUGAGAAUUCUCAGCAAAUACCAUCGCUUCAUUUCCUUUGCCCUCUACUUAACAGGCUUCUGCAUGUUUGUCCUGAGUCUGGUGAAGAAGCAUUACCGUCUCCAGUUUUACAUGUUUGGUUGGACCCAUGUGACUUUGCUAAUUGUUGUUACCCAGUCGCACCUCAUCAUUCACAACCUGUUUGAAGGAAUGAUCUGGUUCAUUGUCCCGAUUUCAUGUGUGAUCUGCAAUGACAUCAUGGCCUAUAUGUUUGGGUUUUUCUUUGGCCGCACCCCGCUCAUCAAGCUUUCCCCAAAGAAGACCUGGGAGGGUUUUAUUGGCGGGUUCUUUGCCACUGUUCUGUUUGGACUGCUGCUGUCGUACUUGAUGUCUGGAUACCGGUGCUUCACCUGUCCUGUGGAAUUCAAUAACGACUCCAACAGCUUCACUGUGGAUUGUGAGCCAUCUGAGCUGUUCCAGCUACAAGAGUAUAACAUCCCUCUGGUGAUUCAGUCUGUCAUUCGCUGGAAAACAGUCCGGAUGUAUCCCUUCCAGAUCCACAGCAUCGCCCUCUCCACCUUUGCGUCCCUCAUCGGGCCCUUUGGAGGAUUCUUUGCUAGUGGGUUUAAGAGAGCCUUCAAAAUCAAGGACUUCGCCAACACAAUCCCAGGGCAUGGCGGGAUCAUGGAUCGCUUUGACUGUCAGUACCUGAUGGCUACCUUUGUCAACGUGUACAUUGCAAGUUUUAUCAGGGGUCCUAACCCAAGCAAACUGAUCCAGCAGCUUUUAGCUCUACGGCCAGACCAGCAGGUCCACAUCUUCAACACGUUAAAGGCGCACCUUGUUGAUAAGGGUAUGUUGGCCAGUUCUGAGGAUGCAUAGGCAUCCAGGCAGUUGGAACAGGACUGAAAAAGAGGGCAAGUGCCCCAAGGAAAUCCCAGCUCGCCUGACUUAAGACAAUAAGAAGGCCUCGUUUCACUGUUGUUUUUUCCUUUCCUUGUAAAUGUUCGCAUUUGUGGGGCUCUGGUUUUUUUUAUAACAUGUAUUUAUAUGGCUUUGGUUAAAAUAAGCAAAGUAGAGCUUCUAGAUGGAAAGGAAUCAAGAACUGAAGGGACCGUAGGGUGAAGAUGUCCUCUCGGAUCUGCGUGGCAACUCCUGUCUUCAGUGUGUAUGGGCAGAGCUUGACUUCACUACUCCUAGGGGAUGUGUCGACGCUGGGAUACGUGCAUGCGUUUUUCUGCCCAGGUGCAGCUCCAGGAGUGUAAGCUCUAGUGAAGAUGAGACACGGGCACUUUUACGUCAGACUCCUGUAACCCUGCCGGACUGUGUCUAUACUAAGAAAAUGGGAAGUCAUGCAACUCGCAGUGGAAUAGAGAGGACACUGGUGGUUCUUUUUGCAACCUUGUGUAUCCCUGUGUAUAGGCUAGGGAAAUUGGGGACCUGUAAUUAUCCACCGCUGGUAGCUGCACUGAUGAUGAAUUUGAGUCUUCAUUUCCCUAGUAUAACCAUAGCCUGGGUGUGUAUAGAACUUAUUGCAGGUAGAGAACAGAAAGCUCAACAAAUCUGAAAGAAAUGUUUGCCGUAAUCCUGCUACGUUAAGAUCCACACAAGAAGACCCAUGCAUACACUUCGACUUGCCGUCUUUGUAGUACCUCCCACGUUUCCCCCACUCCAGCAAAUAUUUAACAAAGUCAAUUUUUAAACCCACAUUUUUACUGUGCCAUUUAAACAAAAAUAGACCCAAUUAACCUUUACAUCAGGGACAUGAAUACAGAAGGGAAUGUGAGAGGUCCAAGUUACAUCAAAGUUGCAUCAAAUAACUUAUUUUAAAAAGCAUUCCAGUUUUAUUUAAGAAGUCCUACUGAGUAAGAACAAGCUUUUAAAAAAAUAUUUGUUCACUUUUUCAUGGCUUUUUUUCCACCCAGAGCAUAACAUAUAUAUAUUUUUUUAAACAUUGAAGCAUGAAAACUUCUCUCAAGAGUAGUAAACACCACAGCCUGAUAUUUUAGCUGUUUGGAGAGCUGUCACUCACACAGAACUUGAUUUUCCCAUUUGGAAGUCCGGAGGGCAUAGUACCCAGCUGGCUCGGUUGUUGGGGUUUUUAUUUUCUGGUGUGGGGAGGGUUGUUUGGGUUUUUGUUUAGUUUUUUUUCUUUCAGGGAUCAUGUCUGCCAAUGAUGUAUUACUUGAGUUCUAGACAUCAUGCUGCUGAGUUUACCGUGGUCUGAGUUUGUGUGUCAGUCUGGGUUUGGUCAGCUUUCCAGGCGUCUCUCCUUUCUCCGUCACUGACUCAGUCUUGUUUUAUGUAUGUUGCACUUAACGUUUGGAAACAUGUAAUUGUUUUCCAGGUAUUUCCCUCUAUUUCUUGACUUCAAACAUACCAUGCUUUUUUUUUAAAUAAAAACAAAUAAAUGGAAUCGCCAUCAAACUGACUUCAGAGGUUUCCAGGAUUCAGAAUGAUAUCUUGUGAUCUAACAGCAUAAAAGUUCAUUUUAGUUGUGGGUUGUAUUAACAUCGUCAUGUAUCAGGGAACUCUAUUUUACUGUGACUUCUCUCCACAGUUUGUUUGUGAGCCAGGCUGUGAUGAGAAAUACAUUUUACAUAUUUGUUGAACCUGAGGAACAAUUGAUAGGGAAAGAUAAUACAGAUAUGCUGUUGUUAGUGUCUUGAAAUCAAGUCACUGUCCUAAGUCUUCAACACAGAUCUAUAUUUGAAGCUAGCUAACCUAGCAACUGAAAAUAAAGUACCUGAGAUCAUUCUGUAUGCUUUACUCCAUAGUCUAAUGCCACCACUGCUUCCACAUACCUCUGGUGUAUUUUUAUCUUCCUGGCAGCCACUUCCUCCUCUCCCUGUAUUGCAGUUCCGGAGGGCGGAGAUUCACAUCUGCGGUGCUACACAAACAAAUAUUUGAUCAAAAGCAAAAUGGUGCUGAGAGGAUAUUAAGGCAGAGCCCAGGUGAGAUGCAAUAAAAGGGUCUGAUUCUGCACUAUGCAAGACACCCUCAGCUCCCACUGAGGGUGCUCAGCAAAUUGCAGGACUUGGCUCUGUUUCUGUGGUCUCAAUUCAGGGUAGCGUUGAAGCAUUUUUGCUUAAUUUUUAAGCAUAUGCUUUCCUGAACUGUAGGCUUAGAGCCAGUGUUGUGUCUAUCCAUCAGAGUCAUGACUUUGACUUAAAGGCAUUAAAUUCAGGCCCUUAAUUUUGGUUUCAAAGGCAAGUUAGGAGAUUGUUUUUAAACCUUUCCUCCCUUAGAUCUCUUUGUGGGGGUUUAAUCACCUGGCAAAACAAAAGUUGCUGCUAUUUUGGAUACUUCUUGUCUGAUAUCAAUAUCUGCCAGAAUUCCAGCAUACUAAACUGUGUUUGAGCAGAUGUUCAUGAACAAGUUAUCAAGUGGACCUACAGUACUGUCUAAUAAAUGUGAUUACAGUGUAUUGAUCUACAGAAAAAGAACACUGUCACCUGUUUUCAUGUGAGAAUUUGGUCCUCCCCCUUCAUCUGUUCUACAGCUUCAUACUUUUUUUUUGAGGAAGCUUAUGAUUUUAAACUAUAGGAUUUGAGUUUUCUUCAUGUUGGGCUUUUUUAAUGCUGAUUGUGAACACUGGAGGGCAUCGUGGGUUCUUGAGUGUCUGCAUACUCGUAGGAGAUAGGAAUAGCCAUCCACAUAUCUAAUUAAAAGCUUUCUGAACUAGGCUGAGUACAGGUUUUCAAACCUGGGUUCAUACGUUUCCUCUACUUCUGCCCCCUCCUCAACCUUGAAGUGCAGUAAAACGAACCUUCAAACCUGUCAGGAAUCCUGAUAAAUUAAGUCUAUAUGGAAAGGCACUCAUGAGUGCUGUUACUUGUUGGUGUCCUGUGUUUCGCUGCUCUUACUCAGUCGCAUGGCUUCUUGGACGUGUACAAUAAUUACACUGGUUUAACAUCCAAGGGACUAUGGGAUAACACCCUGUGUAUGCUGUACAGAAAGUUACAUACCAGAAGGAUAGAAUCCUCCUCUCUUUUGCAUAGCUCUGUGGUGCAGCCUGUCUUCAUUGCAUGUAUCCAUUGGUUUAUUAAAAGCCCUAUUAGGUCCUUCCUUGAAAUAUUUUUUAAACUUGGUCCUAACAUAGCUCUUGUGAGGCCUUAGAUUUAGUGACUUUGUGUAGCUAGCGCUCACGAAACACACUGCCGACAACAGAGCUGCCUUGGCAAGGUUUUCAUAAAGGCAUUCACCAGAACUUUUUCCUAUAGCUGAAAUGCACGAAAUCAAGAACCCCUGCAAGUUUCCUGUAUGCUUUGGUAGCUGCUUUGUGAGCACUGUUAGGUUAAAGGGAAGGCUCUCUGGGCUUGCUUUACAAGGAAACAAACUGCAAAAGCAAAGUCGCUGGUGUGUCAGAACAAGUGGUUGAGGAACAAAUUCAACAGCUCUGUGGUUGUCUGAGCUAAGAGGAAGGUAAUGUUCCUCAUUCUGGGUCUCUGAAUUAACCCAAAGCUGUUAAAGGGUAGAGCUUCCUUGCUGUCUUGUUUAGGGCUCUACAAAUUGGCUGAUUUUGAGACUACCUGCUAGCAAGGUCAAUGAAAUGGCCGAAAGCCAUUUAAAGGGAUUUUUAGAAUGCUCUAAUAAGUGAGGGGAAUGUUGGAGACAGGCCCUGAUCCUGCAACUGGUUGAACAGGGGGACCCAUUGCACCCACAAGCAGAGCCAGGGGCCUAAAAUCCUCUGCUUGGAGAGAGGUGUCUCCAUAGAUGAUAGUAGGUAGGUAACAUAGCUGAGUACAAGCCGCUAAGCGACCCGAAGGUUAGAGGAUGCUAUGUGGUCAGCGAUGGUGAGUGGAGGUGACAAUGAAGGCAGUUGUUGGGGAGUACUAGCUGAAAUGGUCUGGUAAGGGAUGACUAGUCCUGCUGAAUGCAUAUUGAUGAGUUGGCCAAGCACAUCCUUUUAAAAAUUCCUUGAUAUUCUUUGAGCUAAAUGAAAAUAUAAGCAAGCCGUGAAUGAGCACAGCAGCUAGAAUCAAAUGUCUUCAGGUAUUAGUUUUGAGCAUAGUAGCCAGUUGUCACUUUUUUUUGCUUAAAUCCAUUAAAUCCCCAAUAAAUGCCCUAUGUGCCAGGCUCCUUUUUGCCAUGGGUGGUGCAUAUGGCAAGGGUACUUAGUUUGGUUAUGCUGUCUUUUGUUAGUACUAUCUAACUUUCCAUUCGGAGACUUCAUAAUUAGCAAACCUCACUCCUUAAAUAGUGGGAUAGAAUUCCAUUACUGCCUGUAUGUGUUGGGUUCUCCUCUAAUCUGAAAUGUGAGCAGAUGUUGCUCUUUUAUGUUAAAACCCUAGCUCUCAAGUGAGGGAAUGGUUGAUUAUGGCAUGUGUUGGCUUAUCAGAAUAGAGCCAGGGAGCUGGAGUUUGUUUGUAGUCAGGAGAUUUGAUUGGCUGAACAGUGAACUUCAAUGUCGUAUAGAUGGUGGUUUCUCCCCUUGCCUAGGAAGAGCAGAAUAAUACAGGAAAGCAGUAGGGGGCUGUUGAAGGUUCAUCAUGUACUGAGGGUAGAGCAUAAUAGCUUUUCCAUUGAAGGCCUGAAAUAAAAUAGGGCAAAUUUGGUAAAUGUUAGCAGUAUUUAAAAUGCCUGAACACUGAUUGGGGCAAAUGCCUACAGGUAGGCUGACUUUGGUUCUAAGCAGCCACACACUGGUUGCCAAUCGCUUUGGAAGCUUGGAGCAGUUUAGCUUGCGUUUCCAACUGGAAACUGGCUUCUCCAACGCCAGUUGCAGCCCAAGUUACACUGUGGAUUAGACACAGCUUGAAUAGAAGGCCAGGAGUGGCCCAGAAUGCACAGCAUAGAGCCUCAUUACCGCCCAAGUUCUGCUAGGCUUACUCCACAGUCAUCUUUCCUGUGUGCACUCCCCUGGAUUUAAUUAGGAUUACUCAGACUGAGUAUAAUCUGCAGAAUCUAGCUCCCAUUUGAUUGAAAGUGGGAUUUUUGCCAUUGACUUCAGUGGGGAAUCCUACAGCACCACAGAAACCUGAAGCACCAGUAAGUACAUUGCAGAGGCCUUUGGGAAUUGUUAAUUUCACAUGGAUCAGGGCAGGUCUCCUAGUUUGCUGCAUGCAUUGGAUUCCCACGAGCACGAAUGCCAAGACAGUCAUUGUCUGCGAAGAGGGGAGAAUUCUCCAUCUUCCUGCAAAAAUCUUUUUCCUGCUAGUUCUGUACACUUGGAAAAUAGAUGUACCCAUGCAAAAACCAUCCAUGGUGGUCGUCAAGACUUGGUGGGGGAGACAACCAUUUUAAAAUUGGAGUCAGCAUGCAUCUGUCAUCAUGAGGUCCUCCCGACACCUGUAGCCCACCCCAGAGUUACAUUUUUGUACCACAGUAAUUUCCCCCUGAGUUACUGUUCCCCAGCACUGCUGUGUCCUCUGCCAUCUGCUUACUUCUCUGUGCAUUGUUUUUGAUCAAUGUUUUAAGCAAUACAUGUAGACUUGCCUUUAUUUGAUUGGAUGUCAGAAUGUGAUAUAUUGUAUAUUUUAAAGUAUUUACCUUAUUUAUAUACUGUAUGUUACUGUUAAAUAAAUAGAUAAGUUCCAUUA